AUAACAAAAAAACUGAUCUAUUGGAUUUUGAAGACGAUAAUGAGUCAGACCAUAAUGCUCAAAUUAAGGAUGAAGAACAAGAAGACUCACAGUUUAAGAAACGAAAAAGAAAUGUUAAAAUCGUUACAAAUAAAAGAAAAAAGAGCGUUAAAAAGAACAAAUAA